GCAUUCACUUCUUGCGCCAUAGGAAGGGUCACAGAAGCUGAAACGACACGCCUGGAAGUGGACGAUUUGCGCCGAUCUGCACCGCGACAAGAAUGAGUUCAGCAACUCAAGGAAGCAAUGGAUUCGUUCGUGGUGGUCGGUUAAACAAGACCGACAAGACCCGGCGUAGUUGGUCGGCUCGAGAGGAGGAGAUUUUGUUGGCUGCAUUGAAGGAGUUGGUGGCGCAAGGCUGGAAAUCGGAUAAUGGUUUUCGCGCCGGAUAUUUGAAUAAGUUGGAAGAAGCGAUGAAGAAGGAAUACCCAACUACGGAUUUGAAGGGAAUGCCUCACAUCAAUUCCAAAAUCACAAUAUGGAAGAAGAACUACUCUUCGCUAUCGUAUAUGCUAGGGAAAAGUGGAAUUGGCUUUAACUUGAAGGGCACACACACUAUCGACUGUGACGAUGAACAAUGGCAGGCAAUCCUGAAUCGUGAUUCAAAUGCGCGUCUUAUGCGCUACAAAAGUUGGCCACAUUUGGAUGAUUGGAGGGUGAUAUUUGGAAAAGAUAGGGCUACCGGCGAGGGGGCGGAAGAUAUCAUGGAGGCUGCGCACGAAAUGUACCGUAACAUCGACCUCACCGAGCCACACGUUGAUGGAGAUUAUCACGUCACUCUUGAUGACAUGUACGAGCCCGCAGAUGCAGAUGAUAGUGUGAGUCAAAGCGUCAAAGCUUCACCCGAAGUGCGUUCAUCGACUAGGAAGAGGAAACGAGAUGAUGGCAUCGAUAGGAUGUUCGCCGCGCUGUCUGAGAUCACCACCACUACGGGCGAUCGAUUGGAGACACUUGCAAGUAGGAUGGGGUAUGAUUUCGACAUCUCAAAGGCGAGGAAGGAGGUCUUUGCCCAACUGGGCUCUAUCUCGGGACUAACCCUCAAGGACAAGUUCGAAAUCACCGACUUGCUUGCUAAAGAGGUAGAGCGCCUUGACGUUUUUACCAGCCUGCCGGAUGAAGCGAAAUCCGAGUACGUCCACUAUCUGCUUGACAUGAAGUUGAAGUAGCUUGCUAUUUCAACUAACCGAAGUUGCUGCUGUUUUUGAGAAACCUCACAGACACGUUAAGUACUCCUAUGUGAGAUGAUUUGGAUCUGUUUUAGUUUGUGAUUUCUGUUCUUUUUUUUCAAGUACCUAGAAUGCUAUUAUCUUCCCGCAGACGGUAUAAGUUUGGCUUGAUAAUGUUGUUGGAUUA